AUGAGACCGCCCAUAAGAUUGGCUGGUAUAGUUCGAUAUAGGGACAAGAGAUAUGGGGCCCUCAUGAGAUUAGACGAGAAGAACCAGAUCCUGACCACCAACUGCUGGCUGACGCAGGUGUGGACGGAUGCCCACCUGACGUGGAACGCCUCCGAUUUCGGGGGUGUGCGUGUCAUUAGAGUCCCUUACCACAGAGUCUGGAAACCGGACAUAAUCCUAUACAACAACGCAGACUCGCAAUACAGCUCGGCCACCAUCAACACCAACGUUAUCGUCAGUUCGUCGGGAUCUGUGACAUGGCUCUCACACGGCAUAUACAGAUCGUCGUGCGAUAUGAAUGUCGAGCACUUCCCUUUUGAUAUCCAAUUCUGCAAGCUGAAGUGGGCAUCGUGGACGUACGAUGGUCACCAGCUAGACCUCAUCAAGCAGAUGGACGACGGAGAUACCUCCAACUACCAGAGCAACGGAGAGUUCGACCUGAUGGAGUUCUCCGCCACCAGGAACAUCACGUAUUAUUCUUGUUGUCCAGAGCCCUACCCUGACAUCACCUACACCAUCAAGAUCAGAAGAAGACCCAUGUUCUAUGUCUUCAACUUAAUUCUGCCGUGCGUUCUCAUCAACGGCAUUGCGCUGCUGGUGUUCUACGUUCCGAGCGAAUCCGGGGAGAAGGUGACCCUGGGGAUCUCGUCCCUUUUAUCUAUGACUGUUUUUCUCAUGACGAUCCGGGAGAGCCUCCCCCCGACGGAGAAGACGCCUCUCAUAAGUAAGUCUCUCGCUUUCCUCCGUGUUUGUGGCAGCGUUCGCUUUUGCUCUCUUUUCUCUUUCUGA